GCUCACUGCACGCAGGUGCGCAGCCGGCGGCUCAUGAAGGAGCUGCAGGACAUCGCGCGCCUUAGCGACCGCUUCAUCUCCGUGGAGCUGGUGGACGAAAGCCUGUUCGACUGGAACGUGAAGCUGCACCAGGUGGACAAGGACUCGGUGCUGUGGCAGGACAUGAAGGAAACCAACACCGAGUUCAUUCUGCUCAAUCUCACCUUCCCCGACAACUUCCCCUUCUCGCCGCCCUUCAUGCGGGUGCUCAGCCCGCGCCUGGAGAACGGCUACGUGUUGGACGGCGGCGCCAUCUGCAUGGAGCUGCUCACGCCGCGCGGCUGGUCCAGCGCCUACACCGUGGAGGCCGUCAUGCGCCAGUUCGCAGCUAGCUUGGUCAAGGGCCAGGGACGGAUCUGUAGGAAAGCUGGCAAAUCAAAAAAGUCCUUCAGUCGCAAGGAAGCUGAAGCUACCUUUAAGAGUUUGGUGAAGACACAUGAAAAAUAUGGCUGGGUCACCCCGCCCGUGUCCGAUGGCUGAUGUCUGCCACGUGCAGUAGACGCUCGAGCGCCUGUCCACACACACACCAGUACCCUGACAUCUCCUCAACGCUGUGCAUCCUCCACCCUUUUUUACUCCAGCCAGAACUGCAUCCUGAAUGCCAAGGAGACGUUUAAGUUAUUUAUGAACAGAUGUGUUUACAGAGAGGAAGAGGGAGCAAACGCCGUUCGGAUUCUGUUUCGAUUAUAAAUGAAUGAUCACCUUGAAGUCACUUUAGAACACAUGUUGAGAUGGUGACAUUUCCCAGCCUGCCUGCCCCUCUGCCCACCCCGGUCACAUUGCCCUGAGCUUCUUUCCAUGACAGCAGCUCUGACGAGCCGGCAGGAAACUCAGUGCCCCUGCUGGCUCCAUUUCCAUGUAAAUGGCGCCGUUCAUAUUUCAUAGGGACGCCGUGCAUCGCCGCCGUGCGUCCCCAGCACGUGUUUGCUGUGCUCUGUAUCUCUGUUUUUCUUCCUGGAAAGUCAACAUAACUUGAAGAUGUGUCUUUCUGUGGCCCAUGGUCCGCUGUGAUGACAUUUAGACCUCAUUUGUGCUAUGACCUUUGGCUCAUGAAAACACAAAUUUAACAUUGCCAGGUUCUAGUGAUUUAAAACCACAACUGCCCACUUGGUGGAAAUGUGCCCUCAAUGCUGAUUUGUGGUGUGCUGCUGUCCACAGAUAAACCAGUGCCAUUGGAUGGAAGGCAGAGGACGCUGCGACCACCCCCUGGCAGAUGGUGGCGUGGACACCAGAUGCGCCCUCUGGGGCUCAGAGCAACGGGUGGUCAGCUGCGAACAGUCUCGUCCGAUGUUAGGAAAUGGUCCUACGGCCACGCCUUUGUGUUCCUGUCUUUCCACCACCAAAAGCAAAAGACGAUUUCCCAUUCACUGCAGUCAUCUGACUCAUUUUAUUAUCUGUGCUAGUGACAAGGAAUGUCAGAACUGCCAAAGGAUACCAAGUGAUCAUAUGAUGAUUUGCAUGACCGGGUCUCUUUCACCCAAUAGUCACUUGUGUGUCCCCCGAAAUUGGGAUGGGUGAGCACCCUUGCUGUGGUGUAAACUUCCUGUUAUUUAAUCUCCCCACAAUUUCAUUUUUCUCUUCUGUUAAGUUACUUAGAACUUUCUAAGAAACUCCAUGAAAUGAGGAAAUACUGUUUCUAAUAAUAUGAGGAAAGAGGUAAAAAUGUUCAUUCCAAGUGGAAAGUCUUAUUGGACACAUUUUAAAUAAAAUCAUGCAUACCUGAUACACUGCCUCAAGGAUCCAGUCAUUGUGGGCUAUCCUUCCAUUUAAAAUAUGUCAGAUAUUCUUAAAUUUUUUAAAUACUGCAAAUACUACAACAUGUAAUUCUAGAGCAGCAUUCUAAGUCAGGUACCGGAAAUGAGUCUUAGGAACCCAUAGUC